GCACAUCAGUUGGUGCCUUUAUUACUUGAUGAAAAUCAUGUAUUUACGCACUUAAUAUCAAAACGAUCUAGUGGAACUAUGGAAUCAAUUUUAAAGUUUCGCUGUAUUUUGUGGCUUUUUCUAUUUACCUUUUAUAUGCUACAAGUUCUAGGGAGCAUAGAAUUUUCAAGUUUCUUAAGAUAUUUUCCGCUUGAUGGCUAUACUUGCUCUUCUGAAAACACCGUAUUUAGGAUGGAGAAUAUCUUCCACUUGCUUGCAUGCGCAUUGGUGUGUUCUACUAAAGAUCAUUGCCACGGGGUAUACUUUGAUAACGUGACAAAAGAAUGUAAAGGAUGUGUGGCAGAUUUUUAUGACAUACCACAAAUUCUAAAUGGCUCGGUAUAUUAUGCUCGUGAUAGCGCAGAAAACACAAUGAAGUAUGCAAAUGCCUCGUUUAACGGUAGAAGAUGCGAUGAGAGCGCAAGUGUGUUCCAUAAGGAAAGUAUGACAAGUUAUCAACAAUGUGCUCGGGCAUGCGCCAACAAUCCUUUGUGCUACAGCUACUUUUAUCAUCCAGACAUACAAGAGUGCCUAGGAUGUCAGUCUGAGUACGGAGUUCUAACCAACAGUCCACAACUAGAAGAAUGGAACGGAUCAAUGUAUUUUGGACGAUUUCGAUACAUUGGCUGCUAUUAUAACAACCCGCGCAGUUUGGAAAAUCCUCAUAAAUUGUUUGAAGACAGCUUGACCACUGAGCAAUGUGUUGGGUACUGUAUCAAUGGAGACUUUUUGUAUGCUUUGACGGAGUUUGGUGACUGGUGUCAAUGUGGCAAUGAACUGUCACGAAAUGAAAUACUUCCUAGCGAAAGAUGUGACAUGAGAUGCACUGGAAAUACUAACCAAUUUUGCGGUUCCGAAUACACUGGCUCACUGUACAUCAUACAUUAUUGGUAGAAAGCCACAUGUGUUUGAUAUAUAAUAUUUUUGUCUCACGUAUAGAUAUAGAAUUAAAAAUAUAAGUUGUAAAAUGCAAGAUGUGAUACAAUCGAGAUUUAAAUUGAGAACAAAAAUCUGCCAGACACUAAAUACCACAAACGGUCACUUAUGAAACUUCGAGGAUUGUCGCAAAAGUAAAGAGACAACCGUUGUCUAAGAGAUGAAAAUAAUGCAAAUGAUAAUGAUAAAUUUUACUCGUUUUAAUCGAACUAUACCAAAAUCAAUUUGUAUGUCUCCUCAGUGCAAUUAAUAUUUACUUGGAUCAUUUCAUAAGCAUCCCGCGACCACAAUAUGUUACUAAGCAACGAGUUUGAAAUACAUUGUACCACUAGUAAAAAGAUAGUAUUGCGAUUCGCCUUUCAGAAAAAUGCGAAACUAUCAUUUAUGCUUUUGACUCUUUUACUUUUAAAAGAGGUCGUAAGAAGUGUCUUGACAUUCUUCUGAUGCUUGUGAGGGGCUUAAA